UCUCCCAUUAACAAAUUUAGCCUGAAAUUGAACAGAGUAAAAUAUAUUUACUCUGUCUUAGGCAAAUGAGAUUUUUAAAACUCUUUCUGCUCUUACUCUCCUCUGCUUUUCACAUAAAUCUCAGUUCCGCCCAAAUUGCUAAUGAUUUCCGUAAAAGUUGUGCUAGCAACAACGGUAACUUCACCGCUAACAGUACCUACGAUGCCAACCUCAAUCGUCUCUUCUCCCAACUGUCCUCCACCCAGAAUUACAAUCAUGGCUUCUACCAUAUGUCCGUUGGCCAAAGCCCUGACCAGGUCAACGCAAUUGCACUCUGCAUGGAGACCAAAAUGUGGACGUCUGCAGAAGUUGCCUGAACAGCACCAUUUACGCUCUUCAACGCUCUUCAACAAACCUGUCCCAACAAUAAAGAAGCAAUCGGGUGGUCGGAAUUUUGUACUUUACGUUACGCAAACCGACAAAUUUACGGAGUUAUGGAAACCGAUCCUUAUGAUAGACUAUGGAGAGUUGACAACCAAUCUGCGCCGCAUAACGUUAAUGAUUUCGACAGAGGCCUUGAGUUUCUUAUUGAAAAAUUUAAGCGUCCGUGCGGCUGGCGGAGGUCCUCUUUUCACGUAUGCAGCGGGUUUAACGGCCUCUUCCCAAAGAAUUUACGCCAUGAUGCAGUGUGCCGCUGAUCUGUCCCAGCAAAAUUGCAGCGCUUGUCUGGCAACGGGCAACGGCAGGAUGAGGGCUGCCUGCUAUGGAAUAACCGAGUGCUGAACUGUGCAACCCAGCUGUUUCUUAAGAUACGAGAUUGAUUUAUUUUUGAACGAUACAAGUAAUGUCACUAUUGUGUCGUUUGCACCUCCUGGUCCACCUCCUCUGAGUCCAACAGAAGGCCAUGGGUGUUGGGUGUUGGGUGCAUUGGUCCUUUUUGGGUUUGUGCCUUGAGUGUUGGCUGUAAUAAUCUGAGUUGGCUGGUUUAGGCCUUGGUUGUUGGUUGCAUUGAUAUAUCUUUGCUAAAUUGUGUGUCGGGUGUUGGCUAAAGUAUCUCCCCUUCCACUAUUGUUUUAUGUAGAAGGUUCAUUGCUUGGCUCAUUCUCAUAGACAACAAUUUUGUGCAGCCAUUUUUUUCAUCUCCCCAUCUCUCAAGCUUUAAGAAAAAUGGAACAAGAUG